UUAUUUGAUCUACCAAUGUUUUACCACGUGUUAUACUGCAUCCACCUAAAAUCCAUUAAAUACUUGAUGAUUGCGUGUUCUAGAAUAAAUAUGGAGGAGUUCGUAAGGAAGCAGAAGGAGCUGCUGGCCCUGGAGAGGGAGGCGGAGCUGGAACAGACCGCCCAGCUCCUUGAGGGUCUACCAAUCAGGGAUCUUUGCCAAAGAGGAGUAGCACUUCAGAAACUCUGGAUAUCCGGGUCUAAGACAGGACUGUACGGGAGAACUAUUCUAACUCUUUGUCAGAGAAAUUCUGCUGAGUUUCCUGCACAUAAUAUCACCUCGGGAGAUAUUGUCGGAGUUAUUCAACAGGGUGGAGAAACCUUGAAACCUGAAAGCUCAGGAGUUGUCCUUGAUGUCCGUCCUACCAGCAUAGCCGUAGCUUUCAAGGAGGGUUCGGAGACUGGGGAUAUAGAAGAUACUCAACAGAUGGCUCUAGUUAAACUAGCUAAUGACGUCACUUACAGGAGACUGAACAAUGCUCUUGAUGGUAUGAAAGAGAUGCAUACAAGCCUUCUCAGUAAUAUACUACUAGGUUUAAGCGAACCUAGUAUUCCUCACCAAACCUUCUCCCCUGGAUUACUUAAUAAGGAUAAUGACCUUAGUUUCAUCAAUCUUGGGUUGGAUUCCUCCCAGCAGGAUGCAGUUAGAUUUGCUUUAAAGCAGACAGAAACGACAGGUACUGGUAAGACGACUACCGUUGUUGAGAUAAUCCAGCAAAGUGUAAAAUCUGGAGAGAAAAUUCUAGUUUGUGCUCCUAGUAAUAUAGCUGUAGACAACCUGCUAGAGAGAUUAGCAUCAGCUAAGCUGCGAUGUAUCCGACUGGGGCACCCUGCUCGAGUCUCAGGAAACCUUCAAAAAUACUCCUUAGAUGCCGUCAUCAAUUCAAGUGAUCAAUCUGCGAUUGUCAGAGAUAUUUAUAAGGAAAUUGACGAAAUUCUGAAAAACAAGAAGAAGAAGAAUGAAGGAAGAGGGUUUCGUGAAAUCAAAGUGCUCCGGAAAGAAUUAAAAGAAAGAGAAAGAAAAGUAUUAAAAGAGAUUUUGGUGAAUGCACAAGUUGUAUUAGGAACCCUAACCUCAUCUAGCCAGGACGGACCACUGAAACAUCUACCGGAGAACCACUUCUCCUUGACUGUGAUAGACGAGUGCUCCCAGUCCCUGGAGAUGGCCUGCUGGAUUACUGUAUCCUGGAGUCCUAAACUACUCCUGGCAGGAGAUCAUCUUCAGCUCCCUCCAACUAUACUCUCACAGAAAGCGACCAAGGGAUUAGAAUUAACCCUGAUGGAGAGAUUAAUAACUAUGUACGGGGACACCGUGGUCCGCAUGUUGACCACCCAGUACAGGAUGAACAAGAACAUCAUGGAGUGGUCCUCCAACGCUCUCUACUCCGGACGGGUGGUUGCAGGGGCAGAAGUAGCGGAGCACAGGCUCUGUGAUAUACCCGGAGUAGAACGGUCUGAGUUGACUGAAACCGUCCUGCUCCUGGUUGAUACUGCGGGAUGCCAGAUGCAAGAGUUCUCAACCUCUGAUGGAGUAUCAAAAGGAAACGAGGGUGAGGCCAGCCUUGUUUGUCUCCAGGUGGAUAAACUAGUAGCAGCUGGUGUAGACCCUGCUCAGAUAGCGGUCAUAGCUCCAUACAAUCUUCAGGUUGAAACAAUUCGUCUGAACACGAGAGCUAAAUACCCGAAGUUGGAAGUAAGAUCUGUUGACGGAUAUCAGGGACGGGAGAAGGAGGUUGUUAUCAUCUCCCUGGUCAGAUCCAACCCUGCCCGGGAGGUCGGGUUCCUUGCGGAGAGAAGAAGAUUAAACGUAGCUGUCACCAGGGCCCGGAGACAGGUCAUAGUCAUUUGUGAUUCUGAAACUGUCGGGACGGAUACUUUUCUCCGGGAGUUCUUGGAUUAUCUCACGGAAAGAGGAAGCAUAGAAACUGCGGAUAUAUAUUCAGAUCUUCCUGAUAUGUCACGACCAGAAGAUUCAGGAUUUUCGAACAAGAAACCAGAGAAAAAGUCUGAAAAGAAACCUAAAAAGAAAAAGGAAAACAAGCAACCGAAGCAAGAAAAUGUGAUAAAGCCCAGUUUAAAAUCCGCAACAUUUAGUCGACAAACACAAGAGGAGAAAAUGGCGGAGGAGGAAAUUUUAAAAUCCAAGUUUGAAAUUAUUGUUCAAGAAUUUGUUUCAAGUGCUGACACCAGGCGAGAUCUGGCCCCUGAUCUAAACCCUAAUGAAAGAAGGUUAGUUCAUGAGAUCGCAGACUCUCAAGGUUUGAUCCACGAGAGUACAGGAGAUGGGUUGAGUCGUCAUAUCGUUCUUAGGAAGAGAAAUAAUCCUGAACCUGUUGCUGAUGAAGAACCUAAUAUGGUGGUUUCAAACAAAUCCGCGGAAAUCUGCGAAACCCCGGCGGACUCUGGAACCAAGAAAGUAAAUUCUGUUUUAUGUGAAACAUGCAGUAAAGAAGUUCCACGGACAAAUAUUGAUCUUCAUGUUUUGCGGUGCAAACUGAAAGACGACAUUUCCAUAGAAAAAGAGAAACCUAAGAAAAGCAAAAAGAAGGAAAAAAUCAAAUUUCCCGAACCUGAAGAUUUCGACUCUUUAUGUGAUCAAUUCCAACAAAUGAACAAAGUUUGUAAUUUUGAAAAUUGUAAAGCCAAGGUUGUGAUAAUCGGAGUCAAUUGUAAUUUUUGCGCCAAAAGAUUUUGUCUGCAUCACUCAAUGGCGGAAAUCCACGGAUGUGGAGCUGCCGUUAAACUAGCAGCUCGUCAACAGAUUGCUCGGGAUCAUAAACUCUAUCCAGGCUCUGGAACCAUCCCUCACACCCUGGAUCCUGUCAAACGAUAUCAGCUCAAAUCCAAGUUGGAUAAAAAAUUAAACGGUUUAACAGAUUCUAGAAAACCAAAGAAAUCUGAUAAAUAAUAUUUUCAGAA